AUGGUUUCUGACAGCUCAGAUGCACCUGAUGCACCAACUUCUGAGGAUGACCACCAGGAAUCGGAUGAUGAAGACGACACGGAUGCACAUGACACAACCACUGCCCCUGCCGAUUCGGAUGGUGAGCACCUCUUUGCUGACGAUCCCAGGCUAUGGAGCCAUGCUCACAUCUUGAUUGUUCUGCCAACAGGACUUCGCCGAGUUACCCAGGAUUUCGGAGAUGACUGGCCUCUGCCCACGGACGACGAUUCGCCUACACUGUCGUCGGAUGAGCCUGAGUCCUCUGACAUCGUUUCCGAUACAGGGUCGGUAGCAUGGGCAACUAUCCUGAUCUAUACACCCCUGUACGCUCCGGAAUGGAUGACUUUGGCCUUACAUUUCCCGAGCACGUACGAGGAAGCCGUUGCUGUCAUCCAGGAAGAACGGGACCCAGCACAGGCCAGGAGAUUCCCCUUCCUUACGCCGACCGACCCACAACCCAUUCCUGGAGCCGGUGUUUUCGUGGCACUUGCACCCAUUGAGCAGGCACAAAAAACCAUUUUCCUGGAUGCCACACGUUGGGACGGGCGUCAUUUUGCCUCAUUGGCCCCGGAUUACAUCAACCCUGUGGUGCUCAGACACCUGUGCGACUUGGCGCCUGGCUCUGACGCAGCCUUCUUCGUAGGGCAUGAUGCUCAACCCCUUCCUGAAGAGGCUUCCAUCCAUGUCUCCAAUGGCUUGGUUGUGAUCGUUGCACAGGUUCAGGCGCCUCUCCCUGUUGCAGUUUCGAUUGACGUCAUGUUCAGACGGCCAAGCUUAUGGGCGCAGCAUUUUGCAUUUCCGCCCGAUGACCGGGUGGUGUACUGUGUGGUCGAGGACCAGCAGAAUGUACACUUCUCAUACCAGAAUGAGCGCCCCACUCAGUACAGGCACCAACUCGCAGCCGCACUUCGCAUUCCAUAUGCGCAACUUGUGCUCUACCCAGCCAACCCUCGCGUGGGGGACGCCGUUCUUGACGGCAUGCCCUGCCGUACUGUGGUCGCUGCAGCCCAACUCCCUGCUACCGACAGACACCCCCAGACCUUUCUAGUCCUUUUGGACUGCAGGCCAUUCUAUGCAGGGUGGUGCUCCUUCCUUGUUAGGCAGGGCUUGCUCAAUGUUCGGGCUGUUGAGGUCGCUUUGUCCCGUGACCUCCCUGAUGGAUGGUCCCUUCACCUACCGGAAGUACCACCUGGUGUGUUGUAUUACCAGGUCACUCCAGGACAGGUGAUCCAGGCUGAGGCUGCCCCGCCAGCAUUUCACUCUCCUACAGAUGCCGUUGAUAGCGCACCAGACGAUCCCCAGACCCAACCAGGCCAUGCUGAGCACCCACCCUCCUCUGGAGAUGCUUCCCGCUUUGCCCCUCCCAUUGAUCACAGUGCCGCUGACCAUGCAACGAGCUUGGACGACGACACAGGCCCCACAACUAGUGUCGGUGAUCUGGAGGACGAGUUCACUGACCUUCCUUUUCUGGUUCUUAUACCAGAAUAUUUGCCUGAAGUGGUUAGAGUCCGGGUCAGACUACCGCAAACGGUCCAUGGUGUUCUGGCACGAGUUUCGGCUGCUAGGAUGCCUAACGCCAAGAGACGGUUUCCGAGGUUGCUGCCGGUUCAUACGCAAACCUUUCCCGAGAGAGGGGUACUUAUGGCAGCACCGGUCUGGGAUGUGCCUACUGUGCUGUUGUGUGUUGAUUGUCGAGUGGAUAACAGGCUCUUUGCUGUCGCUGCACCGCCGCUUUUCAGGAGGCGCGACGCGCUUCGCCUCGCUGGACUGCCGGAUGAUGCUCCUGUGCACAUCUACUUCAACGACACACCAUGGCCCAUCGGAGAUGAUAUAGUUCUUCAGCCUGCUCUGGCGGAUUUGGUUUUGAUUCUGCCAAUGAAUCACCGCAACUUCCAGGAUACGGCAUGGAUUCUGGCCGACGAGCUUCACUUUGGGCUGCUUCUGCGUCCGGCAGCCCCAUGGGUAGCCAACCACAUGCACGAUGGAGAGGUUGUGGAGGUGGAGCUUCUAACCCACACGCAAGCGAACCUGGACCUGGAUCGUCCGAUCCUGCUCCAACGAGCGCGCAGUCAUCCAAUCCACCCCAUUCACAGCCGCCUGUAA